GUCACUCGUCCCGACAGCCACGACCACCGCUCUCCUCUCCCCUUCUCCUCACCUCCGGCCCACCUCCUCUCCACUCAUCCGCCGCAGCCCUCCACCCAUCUGGAACCCUCAGCAAACAGAAACCAGUGCUCCAACCGACCCCAUCUGCCUUGAUCAUGAAGACCUCCUCCUCCUCCUCCUCCUUCUCCAAGGCUCUCUACCACCUCGUCGUCACCGUGCUGGCAGUAUGCCAGGGCGUCCACUCCAUGCCUGUCCCCACCGACGUGCCCAUGUGCACGGCCUCCGAGCCGGCCCAGUACAGCCUGACGUUCUCUGGCCGGUGGACCCAGGCCGCCUUCCCCAAGCAGUACCCUGUCUACCGUCCACCUGCGCAGUGGUCCAACCUCAUCGGAGUGACGCACAGCUCCGACUUCCACAUGUGGCAGCGUAAUGAGUUCGCCAGCAACGGAGUGAGGGAGUUCGCCGAGAAGGGCGAGGCCUGGACGCUCAUGAAGGAAGUGGAGACGGCCGGCGAACGCAUCCAGAGUGUUUAUGGAUCCUCUCCGCUCCCCGCCGUGAUGGGAGGAACGGGGCAGAUGCACACUGAGUUCGAAGUCUUCGCCAGGCACUCAUAUUUGUCCUUCGUGGUGCGUCUGGUCCCCAGCCCGGACUGGUUCGUGGGCGUGGACAGCAUCGACCUGUGCGAUGGCGACCGCUGGAAGGAGAGCGUGUCGCUGGAGCUCUUCCCCUACGACGCCGGCACCGACAGCGGCUUCACCUUCUCCUCCCCCAACUUCGAGACCAUCCCGCAGGACAAGAUCACACAGAUCACCUCAUCCUUCCCCAACCACCCUGCCAACUCCUUCUUCUACCCCCGCCUGAAGCACCUGCCGCCCAUCGCCAAGGUCACGCUCACCAAGAUAAAGAAGACCAAUCAGAUCAUCAGCCUGCCCGUCGAGCCCACGCAGUCCAACCAGCUGCCCACGGGGAACGAGAUCGAGGAAGCGCUCAUCAAUACCCCCCUGGACUGCGAGGUGUCGGUCUGGUCUCCGUGGGGCUUGUGCAAGGGCAAGUGUGGAGACUCGGGCGUGCAGCACCGGACCCGCUACAUCCUGAUGCACCCCGCCAACAACGGGGCGGCCUGCCCCCUGCUGGAGGAGGAGAGGAAGUGCUUCCCGGACAACUGCUUAUGACUAGGCCAGGACGGGAGGGAGAGGAAGGAGAGGAAGGAGAGGAAGGCCCGGAAGGGCAGGAAGGGACGCAGGCGGUCAGGCAACAGCAAGAGAUCCGCCAGAUAUUCACACGAGUCGCUGCAGAGAUGAACUCCACUGUGUCGAAUCUCCCAUCCAGAGACUGAACCCCAACCACACCGAGCCCCGACGUGAAGAAACUGUCCAGAGAGGUGUAGUUUAGCGAAGCUACUAGACACCCAUUCAGUUCCGGCAGAUUGUCUGUUGGGGGGAGGAAAAUUCCCAAAAUCAAAUUUAAUUUGGCUUUUUUUUUUUUUUUUUUUUUUUUACCGUAUUGUAGAGGAUUUGUAAAUAUGUGAGACUUAACCUCUAUAAAGACAAAAGACCAGGAACAGUGGCGAAAUGAGAGCAGUAAACAAAGGGUGUAUUUAUUAACAGGAUUUUUCCCUGUCGUGUACAGUAUAUGAAAUCUGAACGUAGCCCUUUAUGUUAUGGUUAUUGUGAUAUAAGUUCAAAACAGAAAAUAAUGUUUUGUAAAAAAAAAAAAAAGAAAUACUCAAAAUGUGCAAAUAAAUAAAUGUAUGUGUUCUGUAAAGGUCAAUAAAGUGUAAA